AUGGCGAGCGGAAGUAGCGCGGCGGCUGAUGGCGGCUCGGGCGAGCAACAGGCUCCGUCACGGCGCCACAACCCUCGAGCCGUGAGCCGGAAAGGCUGCAUGAGGGGAAAAGGCGGCCCGGAGAACGCUAGCUGCACUUACAAAGGCGUUCGCCAGCGGACUUGGGGGAAAUGGGUCUGCGAGAUUCGCGAGCCGAACCGCGGCUCGCGUAUCUGGCUCGGGACUUACGACAACUCGUAUGACGCAGCCGUGGCGUACGACGCCGCGGCUCGUUAUAUCUUCGGCCCCAAAGCCAAGCUCAACCUCCCUCAUCUCUGGGACGCCAACGCGCCCCCGCCGCCGAUGCCGCGGCCCAGCCGCGGCGUCGGCGUCGGUGUCGGCUCGAGUCAUUCCUUUCCCAGCCAGCCAUCCCCUGAAACCGGCGCCGCUGACGGAACCGGCGGCUCAACCGUCCCCGCGGCUUUCGGAAGCUGCGCCUCAUCAACCAGCUCGGCUCACCAAAACGCUUCCAUUUUCAACGGCUCCGUGAUCUCCUCCGGCGCUCCAGCGCAGCUCCAGAGCAUUAAGCUCCCGGAACUUGACAUGAACGAGAAGGCGCCGGAAAAUGAGGUGGAUGAUCCGACAGGGGAGGGAAUGUGGGGGAGCUUCAACCUGAACGGCUUACCGGAGAUUGACGACUCGUCAAUGUGGGCGGAGGCGACCGCCACCAGCGACAUUCAGGCCGCCGUGACUGACCCUGGGAUUUUCGACGGGAAGAUGUGGACCGCCGUGGACUACCCGUGGUACCCCUGA